UCAUUCUGUCGGAGACUUCGCGAUGCGAAGUGAAAACCGCGAUAGCCGAAGAUGGGUUUCCUGGAGGAUACUUUCGUGAUUCUCGUAACACAGGUGGAAAUUCGUUUCCACUGAGAAAAUCAGUUUUUCAACCCGGAACCGGUUUAUAGGUUAUAAAGAGAGUAUACGAUGGUGUCUUAAUACAGUGUAUGAAGAAUCAAAAAAGAAAUAGUUUACUACUGGCAAUAUUUGAUGGUGGAAAGUUUAAUGUAAAACUCGGCACUGACAAAUUUUUCGAUUAUAUAUUCUAAAAAGUUCAUCGUCGAGUCUUUGUAACGACGAUUUCCUGUACAUUUUUAAUGUUUAUGGAUAUAUAUAUAUAUAUUUGUCUCCCUCUAGCAUAUGAUAUGUCAAUGUCGAUGAUACUGUGACGAUGUGAAUUAUGAAAUGUAAUUUUCUUCUUAGGAGGAUGGAUGUUCUUUGUGAAGAAACUGUUCAGGGAUUAUGAGGUUCAUCAUAGGCUAGUGCAAUUAAUUUUCUCAGCGACCUUCUCACUGUCAUGUACCAUGUUUGAGCUAAUUAUUUUCGAGAUAGCGGGGGUACUGGACUCAAGUUCUAGAUAUUUCCAUUGGAACGCCGGCCUUUACAUGCUUCUGUUUAUGGUGAUAGUACUGAUACCAUUUUACAUAGCAUACUUUAUCAUCAGCAAUAUCAGAUUUGUAAGACUGAAUCUAAUACGGCCAUUGACAGUCGUCAUAUACUUUUUCUAUCUUUACCUGUUCUGGAAAGUGGGCGAUCCUUUCCCCAUAUUAAGCCCCAAGAAAGGGCUGCUGUCUAUAGAACAGGGUGUUAGUCGAAUAGGAGUUAUCGGUGUCACCGUGAUGGCUCUCCUCUCGGGUUUUGGCGCUGUAAAUUACCCGUACACUUCGAUGGCUUAUUUCAUGCGUCCGGUCUCUUAUGCGGACGUACAAUCAAUAGAGAGACGACUGCUGCAAACCAUGGAUAUGAUUAUCGCGAAGAAGAAAAGAAUUGCGUUAGCCAAGAAAGGAGAAGCCGACGGGCAGACCGAAGCCCGAUCUCGACUGUGGGGGAUGUUGAAUCCGUUGAGCGGUACGAAGGGAAAUCAAGAAACUAUCAAGCAGUUGCAAGUCGAAGUCGCCGCUUUAGAGGAAUUAUCGCGACAGUUGUUUUUAGAAGCGCACGAUAUACAAAACGCGAGAGAACGCUUGGAAUGGGCCGCCACUUGGCAAGGAAAAUACUUUAAUUUUUUGGGUUACUUCUUCUCUCUAUAUUGUACUUGGAAGAUAUUUAUUUCUACAAUCAACAUAGUGUUCGACCGAGUCGGCAAAAAAGACCCGGUGACCAGGGGAAUCGAGAUAGCAGUGCAUUGGAUCGGUUUUAAUAUCGACGUUACUUUCUGGUCACAGCACAUCUCUUUCUAUCUCGUCGGCUGUAUUGUCGUAACGUCCAUACGCGGAUUAUUGUUAACUUUAACAAAGUUUUUCUACGCUAUAUCCAGCAGCAAAUCUUCAAAUAUUAUUGUACUUAUACUUGCUCAAAUAAUGGGGAUGUAUUUUGUAUCUUCUGUACUUCUUAUGCGGAUGAACAUGCCGGCGGAAUAUCGAAUCAUAAUAACGCAAGUCUUAGGAGAACUGCAGUUUAAUUUUUAUCAUAGAUGGUUCGAUGUUAUUUUCUUGGUAUCAGCGUUAUCGUCGAUAGUGUUUUUAUAUUUAGCUCAUAAACAUGCGCCAACGGAACGCGUAUAAAUGUGAAAUAGGCACUUUCUGCUGAAAGAAAUCGUUACAUAUAUUUUAUUAAAUCUAAAUCCGACGAUUUUUUGUUAAACAAAUAAUCCAAAUAUUAAAAUAUUUUUGCUGUUGAACAGCAAAAAUGAUAGGAAAUUAUAAAUUUAGAUAUCAACUUCACGGCCAAAUGUUGUUUUAUUUGGAUACAUGGUAUUUUAUGAUAAAUUUAGAGAAAUGUAUAUUCUCUUAAAUUAAUUACAUAAAUGUGUAUAC